CUCACGGGCCCCGGAGUUCCAGCAGUUCGCGAGCUGCCGUCGGCUCCGCGCGGGGGGCGGGCCGGGCACCCCGGGGCGCCGACAGCCCUCUUCGCUUCUCCUCUGUCCCCCCACUCCGCACUCCAGAGCCCUCUCAGCCCGCUCCACGCUACCGCUUUCUCUCUCUCUCUCUCUCUCUCUCUCUCUCGGCCUCCGAAGCAAACUUUCCGUUCCUCCCCGCCCCUCGCCCGUUAUUCGUCGUGGCUCGAGCCCGGCCGCGCCGCCCCGAGGGCUCCUCCCAACCUCCCCGUUUGCGGCUCCGACCACUACAGGACCCAGAAAAAUGUCGACCACACUUCUGUCGGCCUUCUACGACAUCGACUUCUUGUGCAAGACGGAGAAAUCGCUGGCCAACCUCAGUCUGAACAGUAUGCUAGACAAGAAGGCGGUGGGGACGCCCGUGGCCGCCGCCUCCAGCUCGAGCUUCACGCCGGGCUUCCUCCGACGGCACUCGGCCAGCAACCUGCACGCGCUCGCCCAUCCCGCUCCCAACCCGGGCAGCUGCUCGCCCAAGUUCCCGGGCGCUGCUAACGGCGGUAGCUGCGGCCCCGCGGGGGCGGGAGGCCCAGCCCCCUAUGGGCCGCUGAAGGAGCCGUCGGGGGGCACCGGCACGGCGUUACUCAACAAGGAGAACAAAUUCCGGGACCGCUCGUUCAGCGAGAACGGCGAGCGCAGCCAGCACCUCCUGCACCUGCAGCAGCAGCAGCAGCAGAAGGGGGGCAGCGGCUCCCAGAUCAACUCGACGCGCUACAAGACGGAGCUGUGCCGCCCUUUUGAGGAGAGCGGCACGUGCAAGUACGGCGAGAAGUGUCAGUUCGCGCACGGCUUCCACGAGCUGCGCAGCCUCACGCGGCACCCCAAGUACAAGACCGAGCUGUGCCGCACUUUCCACACCAUUGGUUUUUGCCCCUACGGCCCCCGCUGCCACUUCAUCCACAACGCGGACGAGCGGCGGCCCGCGCCGUCGGGGGGCGGCGCCUCCGGGGACCUGCGCUCUUUCAGCGCCCGCGACGCGCUGCACCUGGGCUUCCCCCGCGAGCCGCGGCCUAAGCUGCACCACAGCCUCAGCUUCUCGGGCUUCCCGUCCGGCCACCACCAGCCCCCGGGGGGCCUCGAGUCGCCGCUGCUGCUCGACAGCCCCACGUCGCGCACGCCUCCGCCGCCCUCCUGCUCCUCCGCCUCGUCCUGCUCCUCGUCCGCCUCGUCCUGUUCCUCGGCCUCGGCGGCCUCCACGCCCUCGGGCGCCCCGACCUGCUGCGCCUCGGCGGCGGCUGCCGCACUGCUAUACGGCGGCGGCGCGGAGGACCUACUGACUCCCGGGGCGCCGUGCGCCGCCUGCUCGGCCGCCUCGUGCGCCAACAAUGCCUUUGCCUUCGGUCCGGAGUUGAGCAGCCUCAUCACGCCGCUGGCCAUCCAGACCCACAACUUCGCCGCUGCCGCCGCCGCCUACUACCGCAGCCAGCAGCAGAGCCUGGCGCCUCCCGCGCCGCCCUCCGCCGCGCCCCUGCCCGCAGCGGCUCCUGCGCCGCCCUCGCCGCCCUUCAGCUUCCAGCUGCCGCGCCGCCUGUCCGAGUCGCCGGUGUUCGACGCGCCCCCCAGCCCCCCGGACUCGCUGUCCGACCGUGACAGCUACCUGAGCGGCUCCCUGAGCUCGGGCAGCCUGAGUGGCUCGGAGUCCCCCAGCCUCGACCCCGGCCGCCGGCUGCCCAUCUUCAGCCGCCUCUCCAUCUCCGACGACUGAGGCAAGAGGGCGCCAGUGAGGAGCUGGAGGGAGAGGUGGUGUUGGGGGGAGCCCCUCGCGGUCUCAGCCCUGCUGGGGGUGCCCAAAGCCACAGGCAGAUUUGCAGACCCGAACCGAGCACUUGGACUCGAACUCUGUGCUGGGAGGGGCCCCGCCCCUCCCCUUUCGGUUUUCUCGUUUCGUUUUUUUCUACUAUUUUAUUAUUACCAAGUUUCGUUCUUGUUGAAAUAAAGCCAACGAACCUUUUGUAUUGAUGAACAAAAUAUUCACAACAGGGCAGUUGUGAUGCGAAUAGAACAAAAAUACCAAACACUUUUAGGACUCAGAUGCCUUUGAGACUGUAGACAAAAAAAAAAAAUCAGCCCAGCACCAGCAGCUACCAACCACCAUUCCAUCUCCUCACUUGAAAGCCUUAGUUACAGUCCAGAUGUGAGAACUCUAUAAACUUGAAAGGAGUUCCUAAUGUUUGUCUCUGACCAGUGUAAGCAAACUAGCUGGCUCCCACCUCCCUAAGCUAUGAACUUCUAGAAUCCAAUAUUCUGCCAAGAAUAUGCCUUGAUAUUAGUGCUCAGCCCGGUAGGUUGUGGGGUGGUUUUUUUUUUUGUUGUUUUGUUUUUUUUAAAUACUCUGCGGGGGGGGGGAUCCUUUGCAUUCCAAAGUUUGAUACUGGUUUCAUUGCCACCACUUAGUGGAUGUUUAGCUUAGAACCAUUUCAGUCUGCUCUCUGGAAUCCUUCGGCAGAGCCUAGUUUGUAAUUGUUGGGAAAAAACUGCUGAAUUUUUAGCUGUUUUGAGUUGAUUCGCACCACUGCACCACAACUCAAUAUGAGAAAACUAUUUAACUUAUUUAUUAUCUUGUGAAAAGUAUACAUUGAGAAUUUUGUUCAUACUGUAUUUAUCGAGUAUGAUGAAAAGCAAUAGAUAUAUAUUCUUUUAUUAUGUUAAAUUAUGAUUGCCAUUAUUAAUCGGCAAAAUGUGGAGUGUAUGUUCUUUUCACAGUAAUAUAUGCCUUUUGUAACUUCACUUGGUUAUUUUAUUGUAAAUGAGUAAAAAAAAUCUUAAUUUAAGAGAUUGUAUGUAAUAUUUAUUUCAUUAAUUUCUUUCCUUGUUUACGUAAAUUUCGAAAGAUUGCAUGAUUUCUUUACAGAAAUCUAUCUUGAUGCUGUGGAAGUAAUUUGAGGACUAUUUUAUGAGUUUUCUUAGAAUGUAUAAUGGUUGUAGCCCAUCCAACUUUAAAGAGGAAAAAAGAAUGACCACAUCCUUUGCAAUCAGGCUUACAUGUGGUAUCCUUUUCUAAUUCUGAUUUUAUAAACUAGAAAAAAUGUUGUGUUUGCUGAUUCCACCAGUUCUACUGUGACAUUCUAGAGUAUAAAGACAUGUAGCAAUAAUGGGGAAAAUAGUCUCCCAGUGCCUUCAGAAGGGGCCAAACUCGCCUUAAAUCUUCCUCAACCAAAUAAGUAUUUUUAUUAGUGCUUGAGAGAAUUUGAAUGUAGGAUGGGUUCAACUGCACAAAAGGAAAAGAUUUUUACCACUUUUUAUAUAGCUGUAAAGCAAAGUGGCCACCUGUGCUGAAAUGGCAUGCAGAACACGAAUAUGCCUUGUUUGAUUAUAGGAGAUUCCAAAACUUGUACUCUUUAUUUUUCCAUGUAAAAAGGCAGGAAUGUCUCCAGCUUUCCUGGGUGGGAUGAAUGAGUGGUAGCUUAGUUUGUAGGUACAGUUGGAGCACUAUGUAUGUACUCUCUGGACUACUUUGACAGAAGUAGGAUUUUGAAUGUAACAAGAUAAGUCAACUUGAGUUGUAAUAUAUUUUGGGGAAUCAGUUCACUACAAAUUGUGACUGUAAACGUUGUACUGUAAAUGUUUUGUAGUUUUCCCCCCAAUAAAAUUUUUGGGAAAAGAA